AUGUCCGAGAACGACAAAUUGCCACAACCAAGUCAACUUCCAUCGGACAAGUCCAUAUGGUGGAGUUUGUCACGGUCUGAAAUCGAUCUGCUUGUCAUUGCCACUGCCUUCAAGGCUUUGCUGUUCUCUGCGUAUCGCUCGACAGAUUUCGAAGUCCACCGUAACUGGCUAGCUAUUACUUAUAGUCUUCCUAUAUCCCAAUGGUACUACGACACUACAUCAGAAUGGACAUUGGAUUAUCCGCCGUUCUUUGCUCUCUUCGAAAAGAUUAUGUCCAUCCCGGCAGCCUUGGUCGACGAGAACAUUGUGAAAGUAAACAACCUGAACUACGACGCCUGGUCGGUUAUUGCGUUUCAACGGACCUCAGUCAUCUUGACAGAGGUUGCACUUGGGGUAGCCCUUCUAAGGUUCACCCGCGCCCCGAGUGCUACUUCGCAGCAACGUACUUUAGCAGCUUCCCUGUUCUUCCACCCUGGUUUCCUGAUCAUCGAUCAUGUGCACUUCCAGUACAAUGGAUUCAUGUUUGGGCUACUAGUCUAUUCUAUUUUCAUGGCACACGAGGGCCGAAAGCUAGCAAGCGGCGUUUUCUUUGCCAUCUUGCUGAACUUCAAACACAUAUAUAUGUACUUAGCUCCUGCCUACUUUGUUUGGCUUCUUAGGGCUUAUUGCAUGACUCCUUCGGGGGCUAUCCAACCGAAGAAUUUUGUUGUGCUUGCGAAUGCUGUCAUCGCCAUCUUCCUCGUCUCACUUGGACCGUUCAUCCUUAUGGGCCAGUUGCCUCAACUCUUGUCUCGGCUCUUCCCUUUUACUCGAGGUCUCAACCAUGCUUACUGGGCGCCUAACGCUUGGGCAUUGCUUACUGUCGCUGACCGAGUACUUCUCCAAGUUGUCAGGUCUGCAAAGCUGAGCGUUUCCCUGAACCAUAUGGGUGUAGCAUCAACUUCGCGUGGUCUUGUCGGAGACACUGUCUUCGCGGUCGUUCCCAACAUUAAGCCUUCGUAUACCUUUGUAAUCACUGUAGCAUUGCAGGCAUUAUUUUUGAUUAAACUCUGGAGGCUGCCCAGUUAUAGGUCGUUCGUGACAGCGUUGACACUCUGCGGAUACGUGUCAUUUAUGUUCGGCUGGCACGUCCACGAGAAAGCUAUUCUGCUGGUUCUAGUCCCGCUGAGUUUGGUCGCCAGUGAAAGCUAUGCUCAUUUCCGUACUUUCGUAAUCGCUAGUGUUUCUGGCAUCUUUUCCCUAUUCCCGCUGUUAUUUACUCCCACAGAGGCCGGUGUCGAGCUGCUGUACACGUUGAUGUGGGGUGUUGCGUUGAUUCCGAUACACCGACAACUUUAUCAAUUUCCUACCUCAGCUCCCACAGUGAUUCUUGAAGUUGUGGAGAAUGCUUAUCUGGCAGGCUUCAUAUUUCUUCAAGUGUUUGUCACUCUUUUCCCUAUCUUCACUCGUGGGACUUCCCUAGAGUUCUUGCCGCUUAUGAUCACAAGCGUUUAUUGCGCACUAGGCCAGGUGUUGGCUUUCUUGAGGUUGAGCGCUCUAUAUCUACAGCAAGUGGCGGAGCAGGCAUAG